AUGUCUCUUUUACGGAAUCCGAGCUUGUGUCAAGAAAUUUCUUAUUUAUUUUCGUAUUCGCGUUGCAUAAAUCUCAUAUUAAAAUUCAUUGUACCUUUUUCUGUUUUAGGUUUAUGCAAACCGACUAAAAGUCAGGAGGAUUUUGAUUAUGAGGAUGAUACACCUGUCGAUGAAGAAGAUGACGAAAAUGAUGAGGAUGAAGAUGACAAUCUCGGCACUGUCGAAGCACCACCACAAAUUUUAUCGCAGAGAAUAAGUCUUCGAGUAAAAGCCGGAAGCACUGUUAUACUACCCUGUCAAGUGAUUCAUACAGAAAAUUACGUGGUUACGUGGAUGAAGGACAAUAAGCUCCUAUACUUCGAAAAUCAACCGCACGUAGAAGAUAAGAAUAGGAUCGUACGAUUGCCGAACAACAGCUUGGUGAUCUACAACGCAUCGGUUAGCGACUCUUCCAACGAUUACAACUGUAGUAUUCUUCGGCAAUCGAAUAGCAUAAAUUUAAUCCAUCGUUUAUUGGUGGAUCCUGAGAGAAUACAUGAACAAUCUCCGUCACCGCCGCAACAUUCGCACAAGGGAAUCAUACGUGUAAUACCUGCGCGACAAAUUGAAGUGAACCAGGGCAACUCUAUCAAGCUUGGUUGUGAAACAGACGUGCAGCCACCGCCUGAGAUUAAAUGGUUUAUCGAGAACAAGAAGGUGGAUAGCUACGAUCCCGAUGUGAUUUUGGACGGCAAUUACAUUAUAAUAAGGAAAGUAAGCAGAUCUCAUAGUGGUCUAUAUCAGUGUCUCGCGGAGGAUGGUUCAAAGACACCGGCGAUGGAAGCAAUCAACGUCAUUGUACAUUAUGUACCUAAGAUAGAGGCGAAACAACACAUAGUUCACAGCGGGGAGGGUAUCGAAUCGGAAAUGACGUGCAUCGUGAGCGCCUAUCCCGAAGCUAUAAUAACGUGGUAUAAAGACGGCAAGGAAAUUACGAACAAGAAGGGAUCGAUUGAGAUGCAUCAUGGAAAUAUGAAGGGCAACAAGACCAAGCACGUUUUGAAAAUUUUGCACACUUCGAAGCAGGACUUUGGCGACUACAAAUGCCGCGCGGAGAAUAAUAUUGGUAGAGACGCAGUAUCUAUCAUUUUAACAGGUACACCCUCGCAAGCAAAAAUAUCCGGGGCCACAAUGACUGAGAAUGAUGCGGGAAUUAUUCUGAAAUGGCACCUGAAAAGUCAUUCACCGAUCAGAGAAUACAGGUUGCAAUAUCGUCAUAAGGGUGACGAGAAAUGGAUCGUUGUUCAACCUGAAGUCAAAGACGGUAACGGAAAUCAAUUUACCGUAGAGUAUCCGAUUGCAGAUCUUCAGCCUGGAUCUUACGAGGCAAUCCUUUCGGCUAGAAACGCAUUCGGAUGGUCUAUGCCAUCAGAACCGCAUAUGUUUACUGGUGAUUAUCCUUCUGAGAUGGCACAAAAAGAUGGAAACUCGGCAGCUAUAAAAACUCCUGGAAUUCUUUUAGCAUUAAUCCUAGUCGUUUUAUCUUGUGCCUUCACAAGCCUGUAACUCUUUACUUAACUCUUUAAACUAUGUAGGAAAUUUGCUGCAGCCAAAGCAAACACCAGCAGAUGCCAUGGUGGAUAUAUUAGUGUAGGAACACUUAGGGGAGACCCAACGCACGUAGAAGUUUCAUUGAAAUUCUGCUUUUCACAUAUUUUAUCAUGCUAUGUUAUUAUAUAAGUAAACUUUUUUAAAACAGGUAUUAUUAAUUAAUAUAUAUAUAUACAGUUGUUAUAUAAUUGAAAUUUUUGCAUACAACUCGCCUAGGUGUUCCAUUAAGACUCGUAAAGAAAAAGAAAAGCAUUUUAAUUGUA